CUGUGUGGCAGCACUUACCAACAGACAGGAAUCUCCACAAUUUACCAUUUCUCGACCAAUUCCAAUCUCGAUCGAUCGAUCAUUGAUCGGUUUUUAUAUACGUUGACGAUUGUUUAGAUCGGGAAAUUACUCUUACGUUUUAUCUCCGAUCAUCUCAGCAUCCUGUGAUUGUCUUAUUAACUUUAUAUGAAGUUAACUCGGUGUAAAUAACGUCAAAUGCUCCAAGAAACGGAUUCCUGUGUUGUUAUUUAUUUAUUUAUAAAACCAUUCUUAGGAACUUUCCUUUAAACCUGUUGCUUUAAUAACAAUAAUAUUAUUACCCCCGAUCCUCUACGAUUAUUCUCACCAUAUAUUAUAUAUAAAUAUAUAUUUAUAUAUAUUUCUAUUUUGCUGCCAAAGCAAAUGUUGCAUGUGUUGCAUGGGUUCAAAAAGAGAAAGAAAACUUUGCACUGUUUACGUUUGCCAGAAUUCUUCAAUAACCUAACGAACAACUGGAUGAAGUGAACGAACAGGUUUUUUGGGGGAAUUAUUUAAAAGUGUGGAUAUUUAUCUUAGAUUUAUUCCAAUUCAUACAAAAUGCCAUUUGCAAAUAUGAAGAAAGUGGCAUCUGUGUCGUCGAAUACCAAAACCUAUCCCGUCAGGGUGGCCACUAUGGAUGCUGAGCUUCAGUUUGUCAUCGAAUCACGAACCACAGGCAAAGAACUUUUCGAAAUGGUGUGUCGAACGAUUGGUCUCCGUGAAUCUUGGUACUUUGGUUUACAAUUUGUCGAUUCCAAAGGAUAUGUUGCCUGGCUAAAGUUCGAUAAAAGGGUUUUAAAUCAGGAUGUACCCAAAGAAAACCCGAUUCCAUUUCUGUUUCUUGCCAAACUCUUUCCUGAAGAUGUCUCUGAAGAACUUAUCCAAGAAAUCACCCAACACUUAUUUUUUCUCCAAGUCAAGCAGUCAAUUCUUAACAUGGACAUUUACUGCCCACCCGAAGCUUCUGUUCUUCUUGCUUCAUACGCAGUCCAAGCCAAGUUAGGAGAUUAUGAUGAAGGGAACUAUAAACCUGGGAUGUUAUCCAGUGAAGAUCUGCUUCCUCAGAGGGUUAUCGACCAAUAUCAGAUGACUCCUGAAAUGUGGGCUGAGAGAAUCAAAGUAUGGUAUGCUGAUCAUAGAGGAUUGCCAAGGGAUGAAGCUGAGAUGGAAUAUUUAAAGAUUGUUCAAGAUUUCCAGAUGUAUGGAGUAAACUAUUUUCAGAUCAAGAAUAAACGUCAAACUGACCUUUGGUUAGGAGUUGAUGCUCAUGGUUUAAAUAUUUAUGAAAGAGAUAACCGCCUUGAAGCUAAAAUAUCGUUUCCCUGGUGUGAGAUUAAGACAGUUUCCUUUAAAGAUAAAAAGUUUACCAUCAAACCCAUGGAUAAGAAAUCCCCUGACUUUGUAUUCAAUGCUCCAAAAGUUCGAAUCAACAAACUGAUUCUUGAACUCUGUGUUGGGAACCGUGAAUUAUACAUGAGGAGACGAAGAACAGAUUCUAUGGAAAUUCAACAGAUGAAAACUCAUGCCAGAGAAGAAAAGGCUCGAAGACAGCUUGACCGGACACGACUUGCGCGGGAGAAACAAUUAAAAGAAGAAGCCAUGCGUGAAAAACAAGAACUGGAAAGAAAAUUACUUGCUUUGCAGGAGGAAAUGCGAAAUGCACAUGAAGCAUUGAUGCGGUCUGAAGAAUCUGCCGAUUUACUUGCAGAAAAGGCUCGAAUUGCAGAAGAAGAAGCUGUGUUACUCAGAAGGAAAUCUGCUGAAGUUGAUGCAGAAAUCCAACGUAUCAAGAUCUCUGCAAUGAAAAGUGACGAGGAACGCAUGCUUAUGGAAUGUCGAGCCAGGGAAGCUGAGAUGAUGGCAGCAACGCUGUUGGAAGAUUCUGGUCGAAGGUGAGAUUGAAAAUGUUUCAAUUGU